UCCCCAACCCCAGGGCUGUGCGUGGCCACCCCCUACGAGAUCACGGUGAUGAAGCAGUUCUUCAUCGACCUCCGCCUGCCCUACUCGGUGGUGAGGAACGAGCAGGUGGAGAUCCGCGCCAUCCUCUACAACUACUGGCUGCACGACAUCACGGUGCGCGUGGAGCUGGUCUACAACCCCGACCUGUGCAGCCCCUCCACGCCCAAGCGGCGCUUCCAGCAGGUGGUGAGGAUCAAGGCCGAGUCCUCGCGCACCGUGCCCUUCGUCAUCGUCCCCCUCAAGCUCGGCCAGCUGGACAUCGAGGUCAAGGCGUCCGUCCGCGACCAGUAUGUGGGCGACGGGGUCAAGAAGAAGCUCCGGGUGGUGCCCGAGGGGAUGCGGCUGGAGAAGACGGUGAAGAUCGUGGAGCUGGACCCGCAGAACAAGGGAGUCAAGGGGGUGCAGGAGGAGCAGGUGAAGGCCGCGGACCUCUCGGACAUCGUCCCCAACACCGAGUCGGAGACCAAAGUCAGCAUCCAGGGCAACCCCGUGUCCAUCAUGGUGGAGAAGGCCAUCGAUGGGGCCAAGCUGAAGCACCUGAUCGUGACGCCGUCGGGCUGUGGGGAGCAGAACAUGAUCUCCAUGACGCCCACGGUCAUCGCCGUCCACUACCUGGACAACACCGGGCAGUGGGAGAACUUCGGCAUCGACCGCCGGGCCGGCGCCAUCGAGCUGAUCAAGAAAGGUUACACCCAACAGUUGGCCUUCCGCAAGCCCGACAGCUCCUACGCCGCCUUCAUCAACCGCCCCUCCAGCACCUGGCUGACCGCCUACGUGGUGAAGGUGUUCGCCAUGGCCAGGAAGCUGACGGACAUCGAGCACGGCGAGAUCUGCGGCCCCAUCAAGUGGCUCAUCCUCAACAAGCAGAAGCCGGACGGGGUCUUCCAGGAGGACGCGCCCGUCAUCCAUAAGGAGAUGGUGGGAGGCUACCAAGGCGCCGAGCCUGAGGUGUCCCUCACCGCCUUCGUCCUCAUCGCCCUGGAGGAGGCACGGGACACCUGCAAGGACCACGUCAACAGCUUGGACGACAGCAUCAACAAGGCCGCCGGGUUCCUGGCGCGGCGCUACGAGCAGCUGGCCCGGCCCUACACGGUGGCCUUGGCGUCCUACGCGCUGGCCCUGGCCGGGAAGCUCCAGAGUGAGAGGAUCCUCAUGAGGUUCUCCAAAGGUGAUGCUUCAAGAGGGGUCAAAGUUGGGGUGAAAGGAGGUGGGUUUGGGUCAUCAUGAGGUUCUCCAAAGAAC